ACAAAUUGCACAAUAUCCCAUUAAUAACUUUUGUAGGUGAAUAAACUGAUGUUCAGUAUGGUGAAUAAUAUUUAAGUGUGGCUGACUUUCAAGGGUAAAAGGCAUAAAAGUCAAUCUACUGCAUGCCACGGUUUAUAAAGUUGUAAUCCAGUGUUAGGAAUAUGUCAAGAUUAGUUCCUAGUGUCAAAAUAUGUGAAUGUAUAAUCAAUAAGGAGGGAUGAGGGAUGAUGCUAACCUUACCAAACGUGCCAUCAAGUACACCUGGGUGUACUUGAACGGUGCACUACAUAUAGAGGGAUCAUUGAAUUUAUGUUGCUGAUUUUUUUUUUUUUCUUUUUCUUUUUUCUUUUUUUUUUUUUUUUUUUUGCUUACAGCAGAAAGAUGUAUCUUAUUUAAAAUAAAUAAAAUGAAAACUAAUGGCUUAUAAUCUGCUUUCAGGACUUACGCAAGCGUCAGCAGGGUCUUCGAGUGUGUGUGCAUUGUGUUGAGUGAUAAGUCGGUGCAGGAAAUCAAGAUGCCUUCAACACACCUUGAUCAAAGGAGAACUGCACAGCAGUUCUUCAGGAUCAAAAAUUUCUUAAGAGUUAUUGGGACCAUUGAUGGCACCCACAUUGCCAUCAAGGCCCGAAGAGUGGACGAGGCCCUCUACUUUAACUGGAAAAGCUAUCACUCCCUCUGAAAAUCCAACUUGUUUGUGAUGUGAAUGGAGUGAUCCUCAGCUACUGCUUCAGAUUCCCAGUUGCCUUGGAAAGUGCAUUCCUGGCUGAGUGUGGUGCGUGUGCCUGCUACUCGUGUGGUGGUGCUGCUGCUGCGUGAAGCCUCUGCCGUGGGAACCCACCACAAAUAGCUAAUGGAUUCUGUAUGACGGGAUCAGCAGCAGACAGAAUUGCAGUGAUGUAUUAACAUGCCUAGGGCCUUUGUUGGAAGCAUCCCCUGUGAUAUAGUGGACGAGAACCUGGAGCUCUAUGACACACUGACAAGGGAGAAGGUUACUUGUCGCUCCAAGGCUAAGCUGGUUGGCCCCAUGAACGCCACUGUCUACGUUACUGGAAGAGGGGCAUCUGAAGUGACCAAGACAGGAAUGUAUGUGGACUCCCAGGACAGAUUGUACCAGUUCCAUACAUAUGCUGGUAUGCGCAAUGUGAGUCCUCUCAGGGGGUCCUCUCAGGGCGGCACGCUGUUCACUAUUGAUGGUGCUGGCUUUGACCCAUACAAGGAGCAGACCAAGGUGUUGGUGGGGGGUGCUCAGUGUGCCAUCCAGGACAUCACUGAUGAGCAAAUUCGGUGCCUCACUCCAACCCAAGGGAAGGCCUCGGCCGGCUCAGGUGAGCACAGGUUACUUGUUGAGCUGUACCAAGGAGAAUACUUUGAGUCCAACUUCCUGGAGGAGACAAGCUGGGCAGCCCUGUCUCCCUCCCAUGCUGGCUACAAGGCUUUUGUCCCUCAAGAUGCUGAGCUCAAGUUUCCCAUUGAGGUGACCCGGGAUACUGUGGGCACUCUGAAAGGGUACCUACAUCCACCACAUGAUGGGACCUACUCUCUAUCAGUUCAGGUUGGUGAGCGGAUGCUUGUGAUGCUGGCAGCCAAUGGAGAUUCAGACAGCGAAUUUGAAGUUAUGCAGUGGCAAGAAUUUGAACUUAAGAAGGGAACACCUGCUUAUUUAGAGAUACGGUUCCAGACUAGAGGUUUGCUUUGCUGUGAGGGGCAACAUGCAGGGCUCCAUGUCAGUCCAGUACCUGGUGAGGGACAAGGAGGGCAAUGAGGAGGAGGAGACUGUGCUACUGGAGCGUUCUUUUCCAGCCAACCGAUGAAGCUCCACACACUCAACAUGCCCUGCCAACCACUGGUGGAAAGAGACAGUCUUGUGGACCACCUUAUUACAUCCCAGGAGCUUCAGCAUAGCACAGCUGGCCAUGUACAUCCAUAGCAAGGCCUGGCACCAUAC